AUGAGAACGCAAUCUUACGAUAUUCCGGAAGAGUCUCAUUGCAACCGCACGACGUUUCAGAUCUCUCAGAUCGUAUUGUUCGAAAACAACGUGGACGAUAUGUUCAUGCAUCUUACAUACUCAAACAUCAUUCUUGUGUAUAUGUUUAUAGCCAACUAUAUUGCGCAAGAAAUCACAGAUCACAAUAACGACGUAUUCGUGAACAUACAAUGGUACACAGCCCCGUUGCAAGUACAGAAGUUGAUAAUGUUCCUAUUGCAAAGAGACAACAAAGCUUUCAAUCUGACUCUCGGCGGAUUGUUUGUGGGAUCUUUGAAAAGCUCGGCCACGUUAGCGAGUUCCUCCAUAUCUUAUUUCACCGUACUUUAUUCUACGCAACAUUGA